AUGAGAUCGAAACGAUGGAAAACCUCGGAUAUUACUGAUUAUGGAAAGAAGAGAAAAGAAUCGGAAAGUUGUGGAUCAAGUUCACCGAUUCUCGAAACACAGUCAUCUGGCGGUGCGGAACUUGACGAAGUUACUGAGGAUGAAUAUUCUAGUAAUUCGAGCAGUAAUGAAACUAGCGACGAAGAGGAAAACUCAGAAGUACCAAAUGUCUUAUCUAUAACAGAAAGAGAGAAAAGUUGGCAAAAGUUAACGGAAAACGAUUUGGGACGAAUUCGUUUCAUCUUGAAGUACACUAGCAAUACUAAAAAAUGCGUGAACGAGUAUUUUCAAUAUAAUCAUGGGCAAAACAAUGAAAUUAUGAAAAGUCUAUUAUUGGAUACCGAUGGAACUAUGACUGCAAAGGCUUGUUCGGAAUGUGCCUACGAUUUGAAUCAGUGCCACUGCAAAAAACCGCUUCGCUUCAUCAAUGCUCCGUGUGAGGUCAUCAACCAAGUUCUUCAUGUUGAAAAUGCGGAGCCCACCAGGAUCAACCAUGUAAUCGCAACACUCUUCCGGAAUCACAUUGGCGAGAUUUUCACAAAGGCUCGAACUGCGGAAGCUCGCGCAUCUGAAGAAGCUCAAAUCAGGAUUCAAAUCCAAGACAACUCGAACGCAUUCCAAAGAUCGUAUCAUAACGAUCCACAACCUUCAUCAGCCGAAGAACAUGAGGAAGAUAUCGUGGUGGAUGGCUGA